UUUUCGGCUGCCGUCUGUGGAGCACCAAUGAAUGGAAGCCAUUCAGCGGAUGAGGCGGGGCUCUGGGAGUUCAGGGAAAUAGAAAAGUGUGAUUGUGUUGCUUACCUGCCGUUAGCUAACCAUUAAUCUGAAGAAAUAUAGGUCUUAAUGGAGUGCAUCAACGCAAAAUUUGUCUCACAGAAGAUAAGCAAGAUACGAUGGAGGCCCGUCUCAUCUUCCACCCUACAGCAACCAGAUAUAUUUGCUACGGGAUCUUGGGACAACGAGGACAACAAAGUUUCCCUCUGGUCGGUUGGAGAGCAUGGCUUCUCGAAAAUGGAUGAUGAUUUCGAAGGGGACCCUCAGCUUCUCUGUGAGUACCAACACAACGGGGAUGUCCUCGGCCUUCAGUUCUUGGACCAGGAGAGGAUUGUUGCAGGUUCGUCUACUGGAUCAGUCACCAUUUUUCGUUACCAUCAGAAUAGCCAGACACUCUCUGUGGCACAGCACUGGGACAGAGCACACCACUACCCUUGUGACAGUGCACCUUGCACAGGGGUGGUGUGCAACAGUCCAGAAAUCGUAACAGUAGGGGAAGAUGGAAGGGUCAUCCUCUUCAGAGUGGACCACAAAGGCAUUCUGCGUACUAUAGAUAAUGCCGACAGCAGCACAAUUCAUGCCGUGACCUUCCUGAGAACCACGGAAGUCCUGACCGUCAACUCUUUUGGCCAGCUGAAACUCUGGGACUUCCGUCAACAGGGAAAUGAACCUGCCCAAAUUCUGUCCCUAUCUGGGGAUAGAGUUCCUCUGCACUGCGUGGACAGACACCCCAACCAGCAACACAUUGUGGCCACAGGGGGGCAGGAUGGGAUGCUGUGUAUCUGGGACGUAAGGCAGGACAGCAUGCCGUUCUCACUGAUGAAGGCGCAUUCUGCUGAAAUGUGGGAAGUGCAUUUUCACCCAUCAAACCCAGACCACUUGUUUACAUGCUCAGAAGAUGGCUCUCUAUUGCACUGGGAAAACUCCACUAACUCUGAUACGCCAUCAUUUUUACAAGGUGGACGAAACACGAGCAUCAUGUCUCGCAGCACAGUUGUGCCUGUAGGAGGAAACCAGUCGCUGACCAGUUCUUGGCUUGGGGGAGAUUCCAGUAAGGUUCACCUGGAAGCCACACACAUGCUGCCCACCCAGACUCUGCCUGUUAACAGUCUGGAUGUGCUUGGCCAGUGUCUUGUGUGUGGAACCGAUGGAGAGGCCAUUUAUGUGAACAAACGGGUCCCAGUCUAGUGUGGAGGCCAUCGCACGUUGUUGCAAUAAACUGCAGUGGACAUUUCAACUCAAUCUUUAAACCUUUCCAUUCAUUAAACUAUUUUGGUUAUUGUA